AUGGCUCAGAGGAGGACCGCUGGUGGCUGCUGCUGCCCCAGGGCGCCCAUGAAUGAGGACAAUGCCCGUUUCUGCCUGCUGGCUGGGCUCAUCCUACUCUACUUACUGUGUGGUGCGGCCAUCUUCUCCGCCCUGGAACACCCCUUUGAGCUGCGUGCACGUCGCCUCUGGAAACAGCAACUGGACAACUUCACCCAGAGGUAUAAGGUCAACCUAGGCGCCCUGCACACUCUGCUACGUCAGUACGAGGAGGCAAAUGGAGCUGGGAUCAGAGUGGACGCUUUGAGGCCCCGCUGGGACUUUUCUGGAGCUUUCUACUUUGUAGGAACAGUGGUCUCCACUAUUGGCUUUGGCAUGACCACACCAGCGACCAUAGCUGGAAAAAUAUUCUUGAUCUUCUAUGGUCUCAUUGGCUGUGCUGCCACCAUCCUCUUCUUUAACCUCUUCCUGGAGAGGAUCAUCACGAUGCUAGCUUACAUCAUGCGCUGGUGUCACGAGCGUCGGCUGAGGUGUGCUGGAGUUGGGGUGGUGUCGAGCAGAGAGGAGUCGUCCGGCGAGGAGGACAGCCUGGAGGGCUGGAAACCGUCAGUCUAUUACGUGAUGCUGAUCCUGGGUGUGGCAUCGGUUGUGAUUGCGUGCAGUGCCUCCACUCUGUACAGCUCUAUGGAGAACUGGAGCUACGUGGACUCUCUCUACUUCUGCUUUGUGGCCUUCAGCACCAUCGGCUUUGGGGACCUGGUGAGCAGUCAGAGACAGCAGUACGAGUCUCAGGAGGCUUACCGCCUCGGGAACUGCCUUUUUAUUUUAAUGGGGGUGUGUUGUAUUUACUCACUAUUCAAUGUCAUUUCUAUUAUCAUCAAACAAACUCUCAACUGGAUCGUGGGUAAGCUGGUUUGCUCGGGGCGCCAUCCUCUCUGCUCCUGCUCUGCACCAGGCUGCUGGAGGCUGUGCUGCCCCUGCCUCCAGAACAAAAAUCACAACCAGAGGCGCCUGCCUGCACACCUCAGGCAAAAACGCUUAAAACGCAACACGGUGCAGCCCAUCCCGUCCCACUGCCCUGCAGGAAGACACCGCUACACGGAUGGCUCGGUGGAGACGGUGUGCGACAGCGAGACGGAUGCAGGCGCAGUGGCUGGCGGGGUGUGUGUGGGCCGCCGUCUGUCAGGAGAGAUGAUCUCUGUCAAUGAGUUCAUGGUGUCCAAUAAGGUGUCUCUGGCACUGCUGCAGAAGCAGCUGAGUGAAACGGCUCACCAGGGCCCACGGCAGAGCUACGGCCAUCAGAACGGAUUCUCUGGUGGCGUCGGUGCUUUGGCCAUUAUGAAUAAUCGCCUACAGGAAACCAGUGUGGAUAGGUAG